AGACCUUUACUGCUUUUCCAUGGUGGAUUCGAUCGUUUAGGAGUUUUUUCAUACGAAAAAUCGCAAAUCAGAAAUCAUAGUAGAGCAGGAGUUCAUUCCAUAAUGAACUUAAUUCAACACCAGUAGCACAGUUCCUAUAUGAGUUUUUUGAAAGGACUCGUUGAUUCUCUUGGGGGUAUCUUCUCUGGUCUGAGCCCUGCUGAUGAACCAACAUACCCUGCCAAGGAUCGCAAUAGGACCAUGGAAGGCGGUUCUGAGCCUUCCGUUUCAAACGAAAGGAUAGCUUAUAAACUGAAAGGUUACUUCGAUUUGGCCAAGGAGGAGAUCGCCAAGGCCGUUCGGGCCGAAGAGUGGGGUUUGGUAGACGAUGCCAUUCUUCACUACAAGAAUGCCCAACGAAUUUUACUAGAAGCCAGUUCCACCAGGGCACCUUCCUAUAUAUCUUCCAGUGAACAAGAGAAGGUGAAGUCUUACCAUCAAAAGAUAUCGAAAUGGCAGGGGCAAGUUUCUGACAGACUACAAGUUUUAGAUCGGCGGGCGGUUAGCAUGGCAACGAACAAGGCUACUUCGCUGCCAACUGGUUCAUCAACUGCAUCCAGUACUAGGAAAGAUGUAUUAAAAAAACCUUCCUUCUCCAGUAGAAACAAUUCAGUAAUGAAGAACCAGACAAAUAAUGUUGGAAGCUCAAAACCCAUUCAAGAACUUGGCGGUGCCUAUGAUGCAAAACUGGUUCAAAUGAUAAAUACUGCGAUAGUGGAUAGAAGUCCUUCUGUUAAAUGGGAAGACAUCGCUGGUCUUGAGAAGGCAAAGCAAACUUUGAUGGAAAUGGUUAUCUUACCAACUAAGAGAAGAGACCUGUUCACUGGUCUACGCAAGCCAGCUAGAGGGCUUCUUCUCUUUGGUCCACCUGGUAACGGGAAGACCAUGCUUGCUAAAGCUGUUGCUUCAGAGUCAGAGGCAACAUUUUUUAGUGUUUCUGCCUCCUCUCUUACAUCAAAGUGGGUGGGAGAGGCAGAAAAGCUUGUCAGCACUCUUUUUAUGGUUGCUACUUCAAGGCAGCCAUCCGUAAUUUUUAUUGAUGAAAUUGAUAGUAUCAUGUCGACAAGGUUGGCUAAUGAGGGUGACUGGAGCAGACGGUUGAAGUCAGAAUUCUUAGUCCAGUUUGAUGGGGUUACCUCUAAUCCUGAUGAUUUAGUAAUUGUCAUUGGUGCAACUAAUAAGCCACAAGAAUUGGAUGAUGCAGUUCUACGGAGAUUGGUAAAGAGAAUAUAUAUACCUCUACCAGAUGAAAAUGUUAGGAGACUUCUUCUCAAAAAUAUACUCAAAGGUCGAGAUUUUUCUUUACCAGGCGGAGAUUUGGAAAGGCUUGUAAAGGAGACAGAAGGAUAUUCUGGAAGUGAUCUACGAGCAUUGUGUGAAGAAGCUGCAAUGAUGCCUAUUAGAGAACUUGGUCCAAGCAUUCUCACUGUCAAGGCAAAUCAGGUGCGUCCGUUGAGGUACAGUGAUUUUCAGAAAGCAAUGACAGUCAUUAGACCCAGCCUACAGAAAAGCAAGUGGGAAGAUCUCCAACAAUGGAAUCGAGAGUUUGGUUCUAAUUAAAUGUCUGAUAUGACUGAAAUUGUGGUUCAAAAAUAAAAUUAUUUCAAUCCAAAGAUUGGUAUUUAUAAAAGUGUAGUAUAACCAUCAA